CUUCCCUUGAUCCUUCAAGGCCUUUACCUAAACUCCAUUCAUUGCAGAUAUCAAGGACCCUAACCAACAUCACAAUGACCAAGAUCAUUCUUUCUACGGGCAAUGUCAUGUCCGGAAGCCCAUCCAUCAUUCGCAAAGGCGGCGGUAACUCCAAAUCGAACCUCGAGCUCGUCAACUCUCUCCGAGACAACUUCGUCUCCACGCAGCUAGACUAUGCGAUUGAUGCAUCGCCGACCAACGGCUCCAACACCUUGCCCUCACCCCCUCAGACGCCGGUAGAGGUGUGGACGGAGCGAGACGACAAGACGCUCUACAUCCCCAGGAUCAACUGGGAAACCGCCGGUCUGCGCGAAGAGGCCAGCGAUUAUGAAAUCACCGUCAAGCUGUUCCUCCUCCCGGGCACAUCCGUUUCGGAGCGCGAGCAGUAUGCGCGCGAGGCCCUCGACCUAGUUCGCAAGGAGCUCAACAUCCAAACAAUCGACCUUCUCAUCGUCUCCUUUCCCGGAAUGUCGUUUGUGGGCACAUGCGAAAAGGAAGCCGAGCGCAUCAACGCCCAGCAGGGCAACCUGGAGGAGGAGCUGGCCUCGUGGAAGGUCUUUGAAGACCUUCACAGCCAGGGCCUUGUCAAGCGACUCGGUGUCGCCGAGUUUGGUAGCGAGAAGCUUCGCGCUUUCAUCGAGCGCACAUCGAUUCGCCCGACUGUUGACCAGAUCAACCUCCAAGACUGCUGCAACGCCCCCGCGCCCCUCCAGAGGCUGGCCGAGGAAGAGGGCGUAGAGUUGAAUGUCCACACGGACUGCACCGAUAUCUUGCCCCGCGGCACGCUGCGGGAGCUGCUCGGCCACGGACCUCAGGGAGCCGGAGUGCUGGCCGAUGCUGCUCACGGCGGCGCUGGUCUCGAGGGUGAGCUCUCUCCUCAAUGGGUUGUUCGAUACGUGGCGUUUGUCAAGGACCGCGGCGUUCUCGAGAACAAGGGCUACUUUGCAGGAGCUGAGCUUCAGUGAAGAACAAAAGGACGGGUUGUUUCGGGCUUAUUUGGAUAUCAUGUUUCUUUUGUCACUAAAAGCGAUAUUUAUUGUUUGUUUGAUUUGGUCUGUCCAUCUGGAUAUCAUAAAGUGGGCAUCAUUACAGGGAGCUAUGUCACAUAAUUUCCUCCCUUCGUUCUCCGGCUAGCGAGAAAGAACAGAGAAUAAAGAUUUUUCUUUUUUUUUUUUUU